AAAAAGCAAACUAUUGGUUUUAAAUGUCCUAGAGGUUCUUCAUGUCGUCAUGUGUGGAAAUGUGCUGUGGAACAAAUGUUGUUUUUCACAUUUCCUUCAAGCUCUGAUGUUCCUAAUGUUGUUUCUGGUGGAGGAUUUUUUUCAUGGGGUACCAAAUUCAAAUAUAGUGGACGUGUUGAAMGGGAAAUAUUAGAAGAUAUGACAAUCACCAGAGAAUCUCCAUCUGUAACACGUGUUGGUAGCCUUAGAAGAAAAUCAUCAAGUGAACCUCCUACACCUUCUAAUCUUGUUAUUAAUCAAGUUGGUAUGUAUAGUAUAUUGUUGAUUUUUAAUUUUUAUUAA